ACCACCAGACAGUUCAAAAUGGGGGAGCCAUGGAAGUGCCUUCAGACUGGCUCGUUAGCCAGGCUCACACCUAAGACAACGAUGUCAGAAAAUGCCAGGUGAAGCCACAGAAACUGUCCCAGUGACAGAGCAGGAGAUGCAGCAGCCCCAAGUGGAGACGGUCACACCUGCUGUCCCUGCUGCUGCUGCAGUCCCUGCCUCUCAGCCAAAGGCUAAAGGGUCCAAAGCUGACCCUAAGCUGUCUUCAUCUCAGAAUACUUCUGCUCCCAAGCCUGUCCCUGUGGGCCGAAGGAAACGCUCUUCUCUCUCUGCCUCUUCUGCUUCCCCCACCUCACCCAAAUCGGCUUCUGGUCCUCGAGCCACCCCUCCUUGCUCCCCACUUGUGUCCCCUCCAGCUGGCUCUGCAGGUGCAGGGAAAGCUGAGACAACUGUUCCUAAGGUUGUAAAGGCUGGUAAACAAAUAAAGCAAAAGAAAGCAGAUGCUUUCAAACAUGCAGAACCUCAGAAGGUAACCCUACCUUCCCCUGCACCUUCAGAGGUUAAACCAGUACCAAAACCUAUUCCGGUUCCAAUGGAGGCUAUAACCAUCCCUUCUCCUGCUGUCCCAGUGACAGUGCAGAGUAUGGUCACUGUCCCAGUGUCUCCUAAGCUUGCAGCCCCCGCACCAGUGGAGGCCAAACCAGCGAAGGAUGCAGCACCUGCUCCGGUGUCUCCUAAGGUUGCAGCCCCCGCACCAGUGGAGGCCAAACCAGUGAAGGAUGCAGCACCUGCUCCAUUGUCCCCUAAGGUUGCAGCCCCAGCACCAGUGGAGGCCAAACCAGCGAAGGAUGCAGCACCUGCUCCUGUGUCCUCUAAGGUUGCAGCCCCAGCUCCAGUGGAGGCCAAACCAGCGAAGGAUGCAGCACCUACUCCUUUGUCCUCUAAGGUUGCAGCCCCAGCACCAGUGGAGGCCAAACCAGCGAAGGAUGCAGCACCUGCUCCUGUGUCCUUUAAGGUUGCAGCCCCAGCACCAGUGGAGGCCAAACCAGCGAAGGAUGCAGCACCUUCUCCGGUGUCCCCUAAGGUUGCAGCCCCAGCACCAGUGGAGGCCAAACCAGCGAAGGUUGCAGCCCCAGCACCAGUGGAGGCCAAACCAGCGAAGGAUGCGGCACCUGCUCCUGUGUCCCCUAAGGUUGCAGCCCCAGCACCAGUGGAAGCCAAACCAGCGAAGGAUGCGGCACCUGCUCCGGUGUCCCCUAAGGUUGCAGCCCCAGCACCAGUGGUGGCCAAACCAGCGAAGGAUGCGGCACCUGCUCCGGUGUCCCCUAAGGUUGCAGCCCCAGCACCAGUGGAGGCCAAACCAGCGAAGGUUGCAGCCCCAGCACCAGUGGAGGCCAAACCAACGAAGGAUGCGGCACCUGCUCCUGUGUCCCCUAAGGUUGCAGCCCCAGCACCAGUGGAAGCCAAACCAGCGAAGGAUGCGGCACCUGCUCCGGUGUCCCCUAAGGUUGCAGCCCCAGCACCAGUGGAGGCCAAACCAGCAAAGGUUGCAGCCCCAGCACCAGUGGAGGCCAAACCAGCAAAGGUUGCAGCCCCAGCACCAAUGGAGGCCAAACCAGCGAAGGAUGCAGCACUUGCUCCGGUGUCCCCCAAGGUUGCAGCCCCAGCACCAGUGGAGGCCAAACCAGCGAAGGAUGCAGCACUUGCUCCGGUGUCCCCCAAGGUUGCAGCCCCAGCACCAGUGGAGGCCAAACCAGGGAAGGAUGUAGCACCUGCUCUGAUGUCCCCCAAGGUUGCAGCCCCAGCACUAGUGGAGGCUAAACCAGCGAAGGAUGUAGCACCUGCUCUGAUGUCCCCCAAGGUUGCAGCCCCAGCACUAGUGGAGGCUAAACCAGCGAAGGAUGCAGCACCUGCUCCGGUAUCCCCUAAGGUUGCAGCCCCAGCACCAGUGGAGACCAAACCAGUGAAGGAUGCAGCACCUGGUCCAGUCUCCCCUAAGGUUGCAGUCCCAGCACCAGUGGAGGCCAGACCAGUGAAGGAUGCAGCACCUGGUCCAGUCUCCCCUAAGGUUGCAGUCCCAGCACCAGUGGAGGCCAGACCAGUGAAGAAUGCAGCACCUGGUCCAGUCUCCCCUAAGGUUGCAGUCCCAGCACCAGUGGAGGCCAGACCAGUGAAGGAUGCAGCACCUGGUCCAGUCUCCCCUAAGGUUGCAGUCCCAGCACCAGUGGAGGCCAGACCAGUGAAGAAUGCAGCACCUGGUCCAGUCUCCCCUAAGGUUGCAGUCCCAGCACCAGUGGAGGCCAAACCAGUGAAGGAUGCAGCACCUAUUCCAGUGUGCCUCAAGGUUGCAGUCCCAGCAUCAGUGGAGGCCAGACCAGUGAAGGAUGCAACACCUGCUCUGGUCAUCCCCAAGGUUGCAGUCCCAGCACCAGUGGAGGCCAAACCAGUGAAGGAUGCAGCACCGAUAUCUCCUAAAGUUGCUUUGUCUCCUGUGGCUUUUAAAAUAAUUUCCAAGCCUGCAGGUCCUGCACCGAAAUCAUACUCGGAGGUUGUGGCAUGUAGUCCACCCAGAAUUCCAGAUGUGUCAAAGGUUGUUCCUGAGCUUCCUAUAUCUGCAUUUCAUUCAACUGCUAAGGUGUCUGAAGCCCCUAAAAUAGUCCCAGAGAUGCCUGCAGUUGUUCCAGGAACCCAUAAGAGUGCAGAUGCGCCUAAAGCUGCCCCAGAGCCUCUAAAGGCUCACCCAGUUACUAUUCCUGUGCAAGAAGCAAAGGCAGCCCCUGCUUCUGCUUCUAAGAGCAAGGUAGAAGCACCCAAAAAGAAACCAGAGUUGGCUCCUCCUACUGUUGCAGCUCCACCUCAUCCUCAGGUUCCUCUUUCAGCUUUUGAGGAGGACGAUGACCUUCCUCCCCUCAUUCCGCCUGAAAAGCCUUUGAUGGCGCCUGUUUUCCAGCCCGAACCUACGGUUGAGGCUCCGCCCAAAGUAGCCCCUGUAGUCACCACUCUUGUGCCCCCAGCUGCCACUAUUGCAGGUCAGCCUGCCCCUACAGCAGUCAAAGCCCCACCCAAACCGGAACCAGCCGUCAAGAACGACAAGGGGUCCGGCACUGAAUCUGACAGUGAUGAAUCCGUUCCUGAACAGGAGGAGCAGGAUUCUGCACAAGCACAGACGCAGCAGGCACAGCUCGCAGCCGCUGCGGAAAUUGACGAGGAACCCGUCAGCAAAGCGAAGCAAAGCCGGAGUGAAAAGAAAGCAAGAAAGGCUAUGUCCAAAUUGGGUCUCAGACAAGUGACGGGAGUUACCAGGGUAACCAUUCGCAAGUCCAAGAACAUUCUGUUUGUAAUCACCAAACCAGAUGUCUACAAAAGUCCCGCGUCAGACACUUACAUUGUUUUCGGUGAGGCUAAGAUUGAAGACCUGUCCCAGCAAGCUCAGCUGGCAGCUGCAGAGAAGUUCAAGGUCCAGGGAGAAGCAGCUUCAAACAUCCAAGAAAAUACACAGACGCCCACAGUACAGGAGGAGAGCGAAGAGGAAGAGGUGGAUGAGACUGGAGUGGAGGUUAAGGACAUUGAGCUGGUGAUGUCACAAGCCAAUGUAUCUCGGGCAAAGGCUGUUCGUGCACUGAAGAAUAAUAACAAUGACAUUGUCAAUGCCAUUAUGGAAUUGACAAUGUAGGUGAAGAUCAGAGUGGUUCAGGUUUAGAUGUUGCUGAAUUAAUCUACACUAUUUGUACAAUUUAUACCCAAGAGAAUAAAGUUGUGGAUUGAUGAA